UGAUGGUGUUGAUGCUAUACAAUUGCUACCAGGUGUUGUGAAUGUACUGUGAAGUUUGUGAAUUUUAUGCGUACAAUUGUGAUUUGUGUACAGUUACUGAUUAGUGUACACUUAGUCCUACUCGAUAUGAUUUGAUGAAUGAGUAAAUGGUAAAUUCACCUAGAGGAUACUGAACCUGUUGACUAUGUAGCGUGAAUGUGUGUUUGUAUCUAAGCCACCACAUUGAUGAGUCUAGCCCAACUUGGUAGUAUUUUAUGGGCCACAGACCUCUGAAAAACAGCGCAAACAGGGUUAUGAGGCUGAUCCCAGUCAAGUGGCACUUAAGGUUUUGUAGUGGCUCUCACAACCGGGGUGUUUACGUCCGAAUAUCUAACGGAGACAAACAAACACAUUUUGCCGGAAGUUCAGACGACGACAUGAUCGACAUCACUACAGGAAUGUCUAACCAAGCUUUCCAGGACGAGUUUGUUUCGUCUCAAUAUACAGAUGACAUUCCGGGCAUUGGUCAGUAUGAGGACUUCCACACCAUCGAUUGGCAGAGAGACAUCGCCAGAGAUAGAAUGCGCCAUAGGUACAUCGUCAAGCGAAAGCAAAACUCCAUCUUUGAUUUGGUGAGAGGGGCCCAUGACGCCUGGUCUGGCUGGUUGUGUGUGCUGCUGGUAGGUCUAGUCACUGGUUGUGUGGCUGGUGUCAUAGACAUAGGAGCUACAUGGAUGUCAGACCUCAAGUAUGGCCUGUGUCCCCAAGCGUUCUGGCUCAACGAGGAGCAAUGCUGCUGGUCUUCCAAUGAAACCUCGUUUGACGACAAAGGAAACUGCUCUCAGUGGCUUACUUGGUCAGAGCUGAUAGCUGAUACAAAGAUUGGUGCUGGAGCCUACAUCAUACAGUACAUCUUCUACGUGUUGUGGGCAUUGCUGUUUGCUCUACUGGCCGCAUCCCUAGUUAGGAUGUUCGCCCCUUACGCUUGUGGCUCUGGUAUUCCUGAGAUCAAGACGAUUCUGAGUGGGUUUAUCAUCAGAGGGUAUCUGGGCAAGUGGACAUUGAUCAUAAAGUCUGUAGGCAUCAUGUUGGCAGUGUCUGCCGGCCUCAGCCUGGGCAAGGAGGGCCCUAUGGUGCACAUCGCCUGCUGUAUAGGUAACAUUUUAUCCUAUCUCUUCCCAAAGUAUGGGAAAAAUGAAGCUAAAAAGCGAGAGAUUUUGUCAGCUGCCGCCGCAGCUGGGGUGUCUGUUGCUUUCGGAGCUCCGAUUGGAGGAGUGCUUUUCAGUCUUGAAGAAGUGAGUUACUACUUUCCUCUGAAGACUCUGUGGAGAUCCUUCUUCUGUGCUCUGGUCGCCGCUUUUGUCCUUCGUUCCAUCAACCCCUUCGGCAACGAGCAUUCUGUGUUGUUCUACGUUGAAUACAACAAGCCGUUCAUGUUCUUUGAACUGGUUCCUUUCGUGGGCUUAGGAGUUAUUGGUGGUGUGAUAGCCACCAUAUUCAUCAAGGCCAACCUGUACUGGUGCCGGUACCGCAAGGUGUCUAGGCUGGGCCAGUACCCAGUGACGGAGGUGUUGAUAGUGACGGCCAUCACAGCUGUUGUUGGCUACCUCAACAGAUUCACACGCAUGAGCACCAGUCAGCUGAUACUGCUGUUGUUCAGUCAGUGCGGGGUGGGUGACUCUUACGGCCUCUGUGACUAUGUGUACACGCGCAACAAUGUGACACAAGCAGUAGAAGAGUCCUCAGCGGGAUCAGGGGUCUACCAUGCUGUCAUUCUACUCAUAUUGGCCCUUAUAUUCAAACUGGUGACUGUCAUCUUCACUUUCGGCAUGAAGGUGCCGUGUGGAUUGUUCAUACCCAGCCUAUGUCUGGGAGGUAUCAUUGGACGGAUAGUGGGCAUCUGUGUACAACAGUUGGCCUAUCACUACCCUCAUAUUUGGGUGUUUGGGGGAGAGUGUGUCUCGGGUGAUGACUGUAUCACACCCGGACUCUACGCUAUGGUCGGGGCAGCCGCAGUACUUGGAGGGGUCACCCGGAUGACAGUGUCGCUGGUGGUGAUCAUGUUUGAAUUGACGGGUGGAGUCCGCUACAUCGUGCCACUCAUGGCUGCAGCAAUGGCCAGCAAGUGGGUAGGUGACGCUCUAGGCCGUCAGGGUGUCUAUGACGCUCACAUCAACCUCAACGGCUAUCCCUUCCUGGACAGCAAGGAAGAGUAUGCUCACACUGCUCUAGCCGCUGACGUCAUGCAACCCAAGAGAAGUGAGCCACUCAGCAUCCUGACUCAGGACUCAAUGACUGUAGAAGACGUAGAAAUUCUGUUGAAAGACACAGAACACAAGGGCUUCCCUGUCGUAGUCUCACGAGAAUCUCAGUACCUGGUCGGUUUUGUGCUCAGGAGGGAUCUCAAUCUCGCCAUCGAGAAUGCUAAGCGUACAAUGGAAGGUCUACGGGGAGACUCUUUGGUGCUGUUUGUGCCGGAAGCGCCAGGGUUGGCACCAGGAGCGCCGGCACCGCUGCCACUGGCACGGAUACUGGACAUGGCACCCAUCGCCAUCACUGACCAGACACCCAUGGAGACUGUCAUAGACAUGUUCCGCAAACUGGGACUGCGGCAGACUCUGGUCACUCAUAAUGGUCGCUUGUUGGGUGUGAUCACCAAGAAAGAUGUGUUGCGGUACAUCAAGCAAAUAGACAACGAGGACCCCAGUACCGUGCUGUUCAACUGAACUCGCAUCACUUCACUCGGUUGAUUUUGUGAUAACAUUAAUUUUUAUUCUCAGUGUAUUAUUAUCGUAAUAAAUUUUACUCACCCUUUUAUAGACCAUGGUUAUAUAUAGUCUUUCAAGAGGAAUCCUUAGUCAAAAAUGUUGCAUGAAACAGGUAUUAUUAUUUAAGGUAUAGGUUAUCUUUUACGAUAUUUUCGGCUACUUAAAAUGUUAUGUAGGGCAAGUGAUUGUUUUUCUUUGAAAAUUAUGGUUAGUUAAUUUGUUUAGAUUAUGCAAUUUUGUAACUGCUAUGAAAUUUGUUUUCGGUCAUAAAAGGGUCGCCUAUAUUUAUUUUUAAUUUUUACUAUAAUUUUAUGUAGUCUUUACUAUGGUUAAUUAUGUGUGUAAAUACAUAUACAUAUUUAUACUAGGCUACUAGAGGAUUAAAUGUAAAUUGUUGAAGAAGAAAUGUUGAUAUGACGAUAAUUUCAUACUGUUUAAAUAGUUUUAGUCUAAUCUCAUAGUUAUUUCAAUAUGCAAUAGGUACAAUAAUUGUGUAUGUCUAACAUUAUUAUUAUUUGUUGAUUUUAUAUUUGUUUUCAAUUGUACUGACCAUAAAUGUUUCUAAUUGUUUCAUGGUGAUAAAUUAAUUUUAUAUUGAUAUUCAGAGUAUUUAUUUCUUUAUUAUUUAAUAUAUACAUGUAUACUUUUUUAAAUCAAUAGCCUUGUUUUAGUUACUUAUUCAUGUUCAUAAUUUUAUUUGUAGUAAUAAAAUUUUAAAAAAUC